GAAGCAUCUAUGUUUUCCCGUGACUCUUCCAUGCCUGCGAAUGAUGGUUUUGUCGAGGAGCCUCGUCGGGCUGGUGGCCCGAAACUCUGCGAGCUUCCAUCUGUAUUUUAUCGUAGCAUUUUAAGUGAAGAAUUUCCCCCGCAAGAUAUUUCGGCCAUCGCAAAGAAGUAGGGUAUAAAGAUAAUAACUUUGUAUGUUGGCGAAUUCGGGCCGCGAUUCGAUCUGUCAAAGGAGGCCGUUCCUACUUCACGCCUAAGAGCGCCGAAGGAGUCUAAAGAAUGUUGGCUGGGAACUGCUCGAGAGAUAUAUGAGCUAUUGUGCGAGAACGGACUCCAUUAUAUUUCAGUAGAGAUCUUGGACCAAGUAUUUCGGUAUCAGCACUUAUAUUUAGCCGCAUAAAGCAUUCCUGUUGAUGGCAUAUAUCCAAAGUAGGCGACUAUAACAUGGCUCCUUUAUGCUCAUCCCUCUCUGAUAUCCUCAAAUACGGACGACCAAAGUAGUUGAUAAUGGCCGUAGGAUGAAUAUUGUGAAUGGAUAUAUAUAUAGUCAGUUGAGAGCAUUCAGCACACGCACUCGUAUGGUUGCCCCACGCCCGGGGCCUGGAAGCCUGGACAGCAAAAGCGGCAUGAAGUGGGGACGGAGUAUAAUCAACUGAGGGGCAGUUUUUUUUGCCCUGCCUGAGGUUUUGGCUGGACG